AUGACCAAGACAUUGAUCCCUACUCAUCCGGACCUUGAAGAACGUGCAUGUGGGAUGUUCCAAUGGCAUAUUACCGAUUGGAAAGCUCUGGACAAGCGAGUGACAGGGCCUGAGUUUGAGAUUGGAGGAUACAAAUGGCGCAUUCUCCUCUUUCCUCAAGGCAACAAUGCACCUGAAAGUGUAGCUCUCUAUCUGGACUCUGCGGAACCCAGGGACCAGACUGAUCCUCACUGGCAUGUCUGCGCUCAGUUUGCACUUUUGAUGUCCAACCCACAUAAUCCAACAGUCUACAUUGCAAAUAAUGCUCAGCACCGGUUCACGAUUGAGGAAGCUGAUUGGGGAUUCACUCGCUUUACAGAGAUCAAAAAGCUGGAAACUCCACUUGAUCACCGAGGACUGCCACUGCUUGACAAGGGUCAUACUGUAAUCACGGCUUAUGUACGAGUGUAUAACGAUCCAACAGGAGUGCUCUGGCACAAUUUUAUAGACUAUGAUUCCAAGGUGAUGACGGGAUAUGUGGGUCUCAAAAACCAAGGAGCAACCUGCUAUAUGAACUCGCUUCUUCAGUCCUUGUUCUUCACCAAUUAUUUCCGCAAAGCUGUCUUCAACAUCCCCACAGCAGAAGAUGAACCUUCCAAGUCCGUAUCAUUAGCCCUUCAACGUGUUUUCUAUCAGUUAGCAACAAGCAAUAACUCUGUCGGGACCACAGAGCUGACAAAAUCAUUUGGAUGGAACUCGUUAGAGAGCUUUAUGCAGCAUGAUGUCCAGGAAUUUAAUCGUGUCCUGCAAGAUAAUUUGGAGGGCAAGAUGAAGGGCACAGCGGCUGAAGGCGCUAUUCAGAAAUUAUUCGUUGGCAGGAUGAAGAGCUACAUCAAAUGUAUCAAUGUCGAAUACGAAUCGUCUAGAGUUGAGAACUUUUAUGAUAUUCAGCUCAAUGUUAAGGGGUGCAAAACGCUGUAUGAUUCGUUUGCCAAUUAUAUUGACGUUGAGACUCUUGAUGGUGACAACAAGUACAUGGCAGAAGGUCAUGGGCUUCAGGAUGCAAAGAAGGGAGUGAUCUUUGAGACCUUGCCGCCAGUCCUUCAUCUUCAAUUGAAACGCUUCGAGUACGAUAUUGAACGGGAUGCGAUGGUUAAGAUCAAUGACCGACACGAGUUCCCGCUUAAUAUCGAUCUAGCUCCUUUUGUCGAGGACAGUGAGGAAAAGCAAAAGGCUGGACCCGAUGGAUUCAAAUACACAUUACAUGGUGUACUGGUUCACUCUGGAGAUUUGCAUGGAGGCCAUUACUUUGCGCUUCUCAAACCCGAGCGCGACGGCAAGUGGUAUCGCUUUGAUGACGACCGUGUGACGAUAGCGACUAUGAAAGAAGUGUUGGACGAGAACUAUGGAGGAGGAGAGCCUUUAGAGAAUCUGGCGAGCAUGACACUGGCAAUGCGGCAGAUGAAUAGACACAAACGUUUCACGAACGCUUACAUGUUGGUCUAUAUUCAGGACAAUGCCAUGGAUGAAAUAUUAAAACCAUUGACUGCUGCUGAUAUUCCUGAACAUCUGCAGCGCCGGCUGGAUGAUGAACGAAUUGCAUUGGAAAACAGACGUAAAGACCGAGAAGAAUCGAUGUUGUUUUACAAUGCCCGAGUGAUCUCGGAAGCAGAUGUGAAGCAACAUGAUGGAUUUGAUCUCUUUAACCCAUUAAAUCCUACAGCUGGUAAGCUGAUCAAAGUCAGGAAGCAGGACACGUUUGCCAAGUUCAAGGAAGUUGUCGCUAAUACCUAUGGAUUGACGGAGGACCAGAUUCGAAUUUGGACUCUAGUAAAGCGUCAGAAUGAUACUGUUCGCACGGACACCCCUAUCCCAGAUACGGAUUUGAACUUGACAAUGGAUGUAAUCAAGGAAAGAUAUGGAACGCGUACUCAGGCGGAUCUGAAAUGCUAUGUCGAAUUUGCGGAUAGUCCCGGAGGUGCGAAGACGCUUCCCACCCCAAACGAGGGUGCCAGUGGUACUAUCAUGAUCUUUACAAAGUUUUACGAUCCAUACACCUCCAAACUGGAGGGAGUAGGAAGAAUUUAUGUUCAAAAGGCCAACAGGGUUGGCGACAUUGUGGGUAUUCUCAAUGAAAAAAAGGGCUUUGCGCCUGGUACAAAAUUGCUACUCUUUGAGGAAAUCAAACCCACUAUGAUUGAGCCAAUGAAGAUGAAGUCAUCAUUUCAACACAGCGAGAUUCAGGGAGGUGAUAUUAUUGUUUUCCAAGAAGAAUUGACACCAAGGCAAAUAUCCGAGCUCACAGCUUCGAAUGCAAAGCCGCUUAUUCCGAGUUACUAUGAAUAUCUUUGCAACCGAAUUGUGGUGGAUUUCAAGCCAAAGAAUACUGAAGAUCCCUCAUUGAAGACAUACUCUAUUGAGCUUAGCAAGAAGAGCACAUAUGAUCAAGUAGCGUCCAAACUUGCGGAAAAAUUAGGAACAGAUCCAUUACAUAUUCAAUUUACAUCUGCAGGCGCACCCAGUGGCCUUCCAAAGGCAAUUAUCAAGCGUAUACCGAAUAUGCAGCUACAGGAAAUGUUGGCUCCCGGAUAUAUCCAACAUCAUCACCAUCAACAAUUGCAUAAUCCACAGGCGCUUGCUGGAAUGAAUGGUGCUGGAGUAGGAAGAUUGAGUGUGAUUUAUUAUGAGAAAUUGAGCAUCAGCAUUGUAGAACUGGAGAGCAAACGGUUGAUUAAGGUCACAUGGCUUGGCCCCGCCCUGAGCGACCAGUCGACCCAUGAGCUAUUAUUGCUAAAGACCAGUACCAUGAGUGCGGUUGUGGAUGCAUUGUUACCUAAGAUCAAACUGGCGCCAGAAGGAAGCAAGAAGCUUCGUAUGUUUGCAGUGUUUAAUGGCAAUUUGAUCAAAGAAUAUGGGGUUAUGGACCCAAUUAGCAGCGUCCACGAUUCAUUGUCAAUUUAUGUGGAGGAAGUUCCAGUAUCGGAGCUUGACCGCAAGGAAGAAGAUGUUAUCAUUCCAUGUACCCACUUCCACAAUGAUAUUACACGAACACACGGCAUCCCAUUCCGGAUGGUUAUCAAGGAGAACGAACCUUUUGCAGAGAUGAAAGUGCGUAUGCGGGCACGAUUGGGCAUGAAUGAGAAGGACUUUGCCAAGAUCAAGUUUGUUUUAUAUCAGGGUGGCAAGCUUAAUGUAUUGAACGACGAUGACAUAUUGAGCGAAGCGGAAAUUGUAUCUGGAGACUUUAUUGGUUUGGAUCAUGUUGACAAGACUAGCAGGAGCAAUCGUUUGUUACCCGAGAAGCCAAUCACCAUUAGAGGAUAG